AUGCCCAAGGCGACAACCCCUACCGCAAAUCGCGGUUCCCGCCGUCACAACCCCCUCGAGGACGACAUCCUCGCUACGGGUAUCCUGCGGAACAAGCCCUCGAAAAAGGGCUCCAAGAACGACGAUGACCAAGACCAGGACGCCUUUGUCGACUCGAAAGCGUCCAAAAAUAUUCUUCGUAUCGGCCGCGAGCUGGCCGAAGAAGACAAUGCCGAGCGAGCUGGUGCUGUUGCUCCUCCCACCAUUGACAACUUUGGCUACGAUUCCCGCUUCGGUGACAUCGAGGAUGAGGCCAAGGUGUAUGGCGACGAGGACGAAGUCUGGGGUGACGAGGACGAGGAGGUGGAGGAAAUCGAAGUAGACCCCAACGACCUGGACACAUACCGCAAAUUUAUGCCCGAUGAGGAAGACGACUUGCUCAAGCACGGUUGGGAUCGUCGGCCCACUGGCGACGAACAGGACGAAGCGCCCACCAAUCUCGCCGACCUCAUCCUCCAAAAGAUUGCUGAGCAUGAAGCCCAACAGGAGCGUGGCGAUGUUGCACCUCCCCCGGACGACUAUGAGAUUCCUGCCAAGGUUGUUGAGGUCUACACCAAAAUUGGUGAAAUCCUCUCCCGUUACAAGUCGGGUCCGCUCCCUAAGCCUUUCAAAAUUCUGCCCACGAUCCCCCACUGGGAAGACAUCAUCGACAUCACCAAGCCCGAGAAAUGGACGGCCAACGCCACAUAUCAAGCGACUCGCAUCUUCGUCUCGGCCAAGCCCCACGUUGUCCAGCGAUUUCUCGAAAUGGUCGUCCUAGAAAAGGUCCGCGAAGACAUUUACGAAAAUAAGAAGCUCAACGUCCACCUCUUCAAUGCCCUCAAGAAGGGACUUUACAAGCCCUCGGCAUUUUUCAAAGGCUUCCUCUUCCCUCUCGUCGGCAGCGGGACCUGUACCAUUCGCGAGGCGCACAUCCUCUCGGCCGUCCUCGCCAGGGUUUCCAUCCCGGUUCUCCACUCCGCCGCGGCCAUCAAGGGACUCUGCGACAUUGCCGCCCAGGAAGCCUCCCAGAACAGCGAGGGUGGCGGUGCGACGAACAUGUUCCUCAAGACAUUGCUCGAGAAGAAGUAUGCGCUCCCCUUCCAGGCCAUCGACGCGCUGGUUUUUCACUUCCUCCGCUUCCGCAGCGUCGACCCUGCCUCGGUGCAAGAUGACGAAGCUAUGGCGGGUGUGUCUGGCGACUUGCGAAUGAAGCUGCCCGUCAUUUGGCAUCAAUGUCUUCUCGUAUUUGCCCAGCGCUACAAGGGCGACAUCACCGAAGACCAGCGCGAGGCCCUUUUGGAUCUGCUCCUCACCCACGGACACUCCGCCAUUGGGCCCGAAGUCAGACGAGAACUGUUAGCCGGUAGAGGGCGUGGCGUGCCGCUGGAGCCUCAAGGCGCUGCUCUUGAUGGUGACGAUACCAUGCUGAUCGACUAG